AUGAUUUUUAAUUUAAUCUUUUUACUUUUAUCAAGUUUUGUAGUGUUAACCCAUGAAGAAGAUAAGAAAUAUUUCUACUUUGUCAGAGCGUACAGUUAUCUGGUCGUUCGAAAUGAAAAAACUAUGGUCUCUUUCGAGGAGAGUGGAUCAUUCAACAGCAUCCUUAGGGUCAGUGCAACUUCCGCAAAGAUCUGCAUGCUGAAGUGUCAGUUGUUGACUGGAUUCAAGCUUCGAGGUGUCAACUUCAGACCAGCCAGCAAAUCGUGCUCCUGCGUAGAAACCAACAGCAUCCAAUGGUACAAUGUCACUGCUCUGCUCAAUGAGGAAUGUCAAGCUUUUUUUCCAGUGAAAACUGGAACUUUUGAAUGCCCGCCCACUUUUCACUACGUGGUCGAAGCUCACAAAUGCUUCAAAAUGCUCUACGAUUUGAAUAAAUGGUCAGUGGCUAAGAGUGCCUGCAAUGGAUUGUUUUCAUCGCAUCCACUUAUCAUUAGAAAUGAUCUUGAUUUUGAUAUCUCUGGAAAAUAUGCGAUUUCAGUUACAAAAAAUCAUUCCUACGUGUGUCCAGGAGAUUUCUGGGGAAAUAGAUUCGUAUUUUGGACCGGUGGUUAUCAAAAAUUCAUCAACGCUACGAGGCACUUUUUUUGGCAUCCGUAUUCAGGGAAUGUUCCGGAUGAUGAACUGAACGUUACAAAGUGGUGUCCCGGUCAACCGGAUUCGUACAACGGCGUAGAUUUCUGCAUAAAGUACGUUGACGACGUUGCAGGCAACUAUGUCUGCUGGGAUGAUGACUACUGCUCCUUCAGAUUAUUCCAGAACAUUCGUCGGGCUAUUUCAAGGCUCUCAACAGUCGUUUUCAGAUUGCUCUCAUGGAGUUUAACAUUUUUGAAUAUUUUUGAUCGGCGAAGACAUGAUUCAAAAUUUUUAGAUAAUUCGACCAAAUUGAUGAUCACAUCAUUAACCCAAAAAAAAUGGUCAAAUUACUCUAAUGAUUACAGGACACCAAUGGAAAUUGGUGUCCUGUAA